AUGGUUAAUCACCUCGUCUACGAAUGCGGCCACCGCUUCCCCGAAUUCCCCUCCAAGCUCAAGAAACUUAAGAGAGCCUUAAGUAUUCGCAGAGCUCUCAGCAAGAAAGCAAAGGUCCCCAAAGACAUCGGACGAGCAGGCCUCUGCGAUAUUUGCGCAGAAUAUUCGGUUCAAGACUUCCUCGCCGCAGGAACCCAACCCGGAAACGCCAACAAGACCUUCGCAGAGCUUCGAGAAGAGCGCGUCAAGGAAACCAUCGCGCUCGCCGAGAAGGCAGCCAAGGAGGCAGUCAAGGAGGAAGAAGAGAAGGCAGCCAGGGAGGCAGCCAAGGAGGAAGAAGAGAAGACUCCCACACCCCAACACCCAACACCCCAUCAUCACCUCCAACGCAAGCCCGUCCCGGGAUCCGGAUACGUCGAACUCUCCGACGAAGAGGAAGACGACGGCACGGAGUGGCUUCUCGCCAAGGACUCAGAAGAAUAG